AUGGCAACCACAGUUCAAUUACCAAAUCAAUGCCCAUGGUUUGGCAACGCCGUUCUUUAUGGACGAAAAAAUCAUAUGAAGGUUUUUCUCGACGCUACGGGCAAACGGGUGGAGAAUAUAAAGCAGAUGCGGGCUUUAAAGGACGAUAUCAAAACAUGCGAGAACCAUAUGAGCCAGCAGCUACUGAUUAAGAUUACGCAAUACCUAGCGUGUGCUCACCAAAAUAAUUUUGAAUUCAAGCUUUGCAAAAUUGCCGACCUUUCACAGCCUGGGAUGGAUAGCACUUACUGGGCAUUUCGUCUAGACCUACCUGGUGCCUCAAAAAAAGUAAUGCGUCAUCUCCAACUUGAAUUCACUGACGAUGGUUGGGAUGUGCAACAAGAGCCAUUUUCAGACGACUACAAUACUUUGAAAUCACCACUCUAUGGAUUCACUCAUCUAGGAUGUUACUUUUCAAAGAUUAUACUGAUUUACUUUUACGGAAAGGAAAUAUUUGAUCCCCAAAGCCUCAGUACAGGCUUAAAAAUAUAUUCGAAUUUUGACGAGUUCAAGAACACUGAUUACUUCAAAAUAUUGAGCGAGGGUGAACGAUUGAAGCUACAAAACCUGUCAAAGCCACGAAAACUGCCAGAGUCCUUGAAGGAGCAGAUGAAACUUGGUAGAGUAGAAGAGGUUCGAACCUAA